AUGUCCACCCCCCCGAUAUUUUCCCAAUACCCUUAUGGGCAAGCGUUGUCAGGGUCGUAUCCAAACAAGCUUGCGAAAACCAGCUCGAAGGAUCAGGUACCAAAGGGAGAAGAGCAAUCUCGUGGAGCAGAGGACCAAGGACGGUCGAGUCCUACAAGCCCUCAACAGAGCCGACCACCUCAAAACAGAAAGCGGCUGGUCUUCGCGGACCCGGUUGCCUUUCGGUAUUUGGAAGAAGAUCCCGCCACCGACACCCUGGAACGAUGGAGGAGACUUCAGGGUUACGAGAUGUACCUUGUGGAGCAAUGGGCGUGUUCAAGGACUCAUCCGACUUUUAUCAUUUGCACCUACACCGGAGACCCGUCACACUCUAUCGUGGUCAACGUCCUCUCCGUUCCGAGCGAUGAAAGUACUUGGUCGCCCAGACUACAACUUUACUUCCGAGCGGUUUCGCAGUUUCAUGCAAAGGAGAAGGAAACGCCGCUGGGAAUGCUCAUGGUGACCAAUCUCAGCGGCUUUCCCUCUGCUCUCACAGUCAUUGCUGUUCCAGAUGGAGAUGUACGGAAACACAGAGAGGAUUUUAUCGUCAAUGAAAAUCUCAAGCGCAUGGGCUGCUCUGGAAGAGCCGCCAUCAGCCUUCAGCCACCUCAACCGAGCACAGUCACCAAAUUCCAUCACCUGUACCGUACUAGCGAAGCCGUGCCGCUUUAUCAAGCAGUCAUGGAGCUUGUCCGUAUUUGCCAAACGGCUCUGGUAAUGUACGACAAGCUUCAGCCUACCUACGUUGACGGCUUGCUUUGCGAUGUCACUGAAACAGCUAUCAAUAAUUGGUGGACGGACAUCGGGACCUAUUUCUACAAUGUAGAACCCAGUGACGGGAUUCUAGGCCCGACCACGGUUGCAGCCCUGCUCGGCCUCUUGAUUGGGGCAUAUAACAGGCUCAAGGCUUCAGGUUCGCCCGUCGGCAAAGACGUAUUGGACAUGGUGUCAAUGAAGAAAGCCGUGGGGCAUUUUCAGAAAGGGCAAAGAAUGGAAAAGACCCGGCGGCUAGAUCGGGAGACAUUGGACCGACUACACAGGGCUACGGCCAAGAAUGUCAGCGGUGAGGGUUGGACUGUGCCAAAGGCCGUCAAGUCGACCGUUGGUGAACUCAGCGGGAAAGGUGCCGAAAUGGUGAUGGGCAUUGUCGGUGGUCGAGACAAGGCUGGAAUAUCUGAUGUCGAAACACUGGAUAUUGAUCGCUUUGCUCAACUCGUGAUGGGACCGCGGAUGAAAUGGCUGUGGCUGGGCAAGCCUGUGAAAUCGGGAGAUGUGUUUGCCGACGCCCCUGGUGGGAGGAUCUUCAGCACUGAUGACCAAGGGAAUUUCCUGUGGACAAGCAAUCAACAUGAUUCGUAUUCCGAUGGAGGCAUGCUUGAACGCACUGAUACUGUACUGACAAACCAAAGUUAUGAUACCAAAACUGGACGGAACCGCACCGCCCGGCCAACAGCAGGCCUCGCUCGCCAGAGCACUCGACCUCAAAAGGACGGCAAGGAUGGCGAGGAUACUGAAGACUGGCCUGGAAGUUUUCCCACCACUGCUGCAAAAUCAUCCAAAGACCAUCACCACCACCUCUUGCGAGAUCAUACAUUGCGUCCAAUACUAAUGCCCCGUCGGACAGGGCCGCCACCAUUCGACCUUGCUCUAGCCGAUGCAUCGCCGAAUUCGCCAAAAGUAUUACAGAGUGAUAAUCCGAGGAAGGUUCAGACCGCUGGGGAGAAACAGAUUCCGGCCCAUCGACAGCAGAUGAGAGCUGUGAAGCCUGGGGAUUCUCCGAGGCGGAGGAAGCUGAACGCCGAGAUGGCGGACUUGCGAAAUGAAUUCAGAGCUGAUACCUACAAGAAAUUCUCUUCUAAGAUGCCGUACAGAGGGCUUCGGAGCAAAGCUCUUCGGCGGUCAAAGAGUGCUGGUCAAUUGAACGAUCACACGUUGGGCAGUCCUAUACAGAGCCGGAUCAAGCGGCAGCUAUCGUUCAACAUUGUCGAGGAUGCUGUGUUAGACCUCGGGCCAAAUGUUGUGGAAGAAGGCGUCACAAAAGGAAAGAUCGAAGGCGAUCUCACGGACGCCCUCGCCGAGCGUGAGGCAUUGAUGGUUGCCGCUCAGAAAAAAGCGAAGCGUCUUCAAAGGAUGGAGCAAGGGCUUAUUCCUUACACUGAGAGUAAGGUCGCCCAUGUCGAGAGUCUUGAAAAACACGCACAUCAGUAUUUGGAGGAGUUGAACGACCUAUACUACCAUCGAUUGGACGAAUAUCAAAGCCAGCAAGCGACCUCUUCAGAUAUUGUCUCGGAGGAAAAGAAUGCAUUGGCCGAGGGGUUUCGCAGGAUGGAGAUGCUUGGAGCGAAAAUGGACUACGAGCUGGACUCAUUGCAAUCGCGCUUGCAAGAGGUCGAAGAUGGUGUGAAUGAUUUUGAGCGUAGUGUGAUUGCGAUUGAAGGCCGGGUCAAGGAGCUGAUCGGGGCCGAAAAGCGGACCGCUGUCCCUUGGAUUCAGAGACUACUCAAUCUCAUGGGAUCUCGGAAAUAG